AUGAAGUUCAAAAGUGUUUUUGUCCUGGUUUACUUACACUUUGUAUCACAUAUACACAGUUAUACUUGCGAGCUGAAAAAAGAACCCUCGCGCCCAAAUAUUGUCUUUAUUAUCGCUGACGACAUGGGGUGGAAUGAUGUUAGCUUUCAUGGAUAUGAUCAAAUAAUGACUCCUAACAUUGACUUACUCGCCUACUCUGGUGUAGUAUUCGAAAGGUAUUAUAGCCACUGCAUAUGCACGCCUACGCGCUCUGCGUUGCUUACUGGAAAAUUUGCCCAUGUCAUAGGGAUGCAGGGCUUGCCUCUACUAAACAGUGAGGAUAGAGGUUUGCCACUGACAGAGAAAGUUUUACCACAAUAUUUCAAAGAGCUAGGUUAUGCAACUCAUUUAGUGGGCAAAUGGCAUGUAGGUCAAUCCCGCACUAAAUUUUUGCCCACAUCACGCGGUUUUGACAAUCACUUCGGACAUAGGGGCGGAUUUAUUGAUUACUAUGAAUAUGAGUUACAAGAAGACUGGAAUUCUACAAUCAGAUCUGGUUUUGACCUAUUUAGGAACUUGAAUCCUGUUUGGAAAACUGAAAAGGGAUAUAUAACCGACCUAUAUAAUAAUGAAGCCAAAUCAAUUAUACUUUCCCAUGAUAAGACGAAACCGUUAUUUUUGAUGGUAAACCAUAAUGCUCCUCACUCUGCAAAUAAUGGCGCGCUACUUCAAGCGCCCCCUGACGUAGUUCGAGCUAUGCGCUACGUUGAAAAUCCUGAGAGAAAGAUUUUUGCAGCUUCUGUGAAAAAGCUUGAUGAUAGUGUUGGCGAUAUUGUGCAAGCGUUGCAGAAGAAAGGAAUCCUGAAUAAUACUAUCAUUGCAUUUAUAUCAGAUAAUGGUGCAAUGACAUCGGGAUUACAUUUGAAUUACGGAUCUAAUUGGCCUUUACGUGGUAUUAAAAUGUCCCCCUAUGAGGGAGGUGUUCGCGUUAAUGGACUUGUUUGGUCUCAGAAAUUAACAAAUGUUAAUCAUGCAUGGGGUGGUUACAUGCAUGUUGUGGAUUGGUUGCCUACUUUAUUGAGAGCAGCUGGUUCCGAACCACCGUCUAAUAUCGAUGGCAUUGAUCUUUGGAAUGACAUAGUCCAUAACAAAACAUCAAAAAGAGAUGAAUUUUUUGAAAUCGAUGACUAUACCGGAUUUGCAUCUAUCGUUUCCGGAGACUUUAAACUAGUGACUGGAUACGUCAAUCCUCAGUAUAGUACAUAUCAAGGAGGUGACUUAAGAGGUAUAAUUGGUCCUAAGCCUUCGUAUUUCAAGUCUCUUGAGAAAAGUAAAAUGUACUCAGUGCUUCGAAAUGUUGAUAAACAAUUUAAUUUUAAAUAUGUAGAAUUGAGAAACAAGCUGCGAAUUAAUUGUAAAGUAAGAAAUGAUAGCCAAUAUGGACCACUUUGUUAUUCCGACAAAAAUAAAAUUUGUUUAUUUAAUAUCAAAGAAGAUCCCUGUGAAAUGCAAGAUUUGGCUGCAAAUUAUCCAGAUGUAGUAGAAAAGAUGAUGGACAGACUAAAAAUUGAAAUAAACCGAACCAUUCCACGAAAAAUCCCAGCUGUUUCCGAUCCUCGAGCGGCACCUCGUUUACAUAAUUUUGCGUGGGACGUUUGGGCAGAUAAUGUAUCUUAA